CAGCAUACUGUCAACUUAAGUAUGGCGCCGGUGAAGGUGUUCGGUUCGGCCGGGUUCACGAACGUGGCGCGUGUGCUGGUAUGCCUCGAGGAGGUUGGUGUCGAGUACGAGGUCGUAGACAUCGACUUCCUUGCCAAGGAACAGAAGAAACCUGAGCACCUCGCCAGGAACCCAUUUGGAGAAAUCCCUGCUUUCCAAGAUGGAGACCUCAUGCUCUUCGAGUCCCGUGCUAUUGGAAAGUACAUACUUCGCAAAUACAGGACAGACGAAGUUGACAUGCUCAGAGAAAGCAACCCAGGAGAAGCAGCAAUGGUGGACGUCUGGACUGAGGUCCAGGCAAAUCAGUACAACAAAGCACUCGCACCUAUUGUGUAUGAGUGCAUCAUAUAUCCCACAGCAUACGGUAUACCGACCAACCAAAAGGUCGUGGAUGAGAGCAUGGAGAAGCUGAAGAAGGUGCUCGACGUUUACGAGGCGCGUCUGUCCAAACACAAGUAUCUUGCUGGGAACUUCAUUAGCUUUGCAGACCUUAACCAUUUCGCCUUCACUUGCUGCUUCAUGGGAACUCCAUAUGCAUCACUGUUUGACUCUUUCCCUUGCGUGAAAGCAUGGUGGAAAAACCUCAUGUCGAGACCUUCGACGAGAAAGCUUAGUGCAAACCUGCCUAAAAUGGUUUAGUCACAUCAUCUAUUUUGUACUUACUAGUUUGCUUUGCACGGUAAUUUUGGGUACGUGCUGUAAUAAACAUGUGGCAGAAUUGCAGGUACGCUGCAAUUAGGCCGCAUACUAAUACAAUCUGGAUACGUAAUUAA